UAAAAAAAUAAAAUAACUUGAAAUUAAGAGUAGUUUUUAAAAAAUAUUUGAACUAAAACAAAGUGAAAACCUUAUAAAGUCAACCGCAAUGGAAGGCCGUCUCAUCGAGUACCGUCCCAUUGGUGGCGGCCUGGACUACCACCACAAUUCGCCAUUGAUAGGCGAAAUACCGCCCGCUGGUGGCGAUUACACGCAUGCCGUCCAUCGAUCCAUCGAUCAGUUGCGUAACAGUUUGAAUGAGCGAGUGGCACUAGGACCGCUAAGCGUUUUCUCGAAUUCCUCGGCCGAUCUGCGCUCAUCAGUAUUAUCCUACAGCCAGCAACAACAACAGCAGCAACAAGCCGCACAACCGCAACUUGGCCAACCACAUCCCGGCCAUCAGCAACAGCAGCAGCAGCAGCAGCAACAACAACAACAACAACAACAACUAACCGCACAAUACGCGCAACUGGCAGCUGCUAGUGCGAGUAAUGCCAGCGGCAGCGAUUUACAUGCACAACAACAGAAAGUUAGCACCACCACAGGUGUAGCGCAAUCCAGCGCUGUAUCAGUUGCCAGUGUCAACAGCAAUAACAACAAUAAUGGUGUUGGAGGUGGUGGCGCGGGUGGAGGUGCAGUUCCAGUUAAGCUGACAGUCGACACAAAUGCCAUUGUCAGUUCGACGGUGCCGAAUGGCGCACCUACGGUGGCUGGCAGUGGUGGAAGCGGCACAGUUUCUAGCGGUCCAGGCGGUGGUGGUGGACGUGGUCGCAAAGCGCGUAUUUAUCCAAACCCCAAUCAGCACAUCAUUGUGACCAGCAAUAGUGUGGAUCACCAUCACGCAGCCGCUGGACGGCAUCAUCAUAUUGGCACUGUUAGUGAUGGCGGCGGCGGAAGUGUCGGUUCAACCACCAGUUCACCGCGGCAUAUGGACGUCAAGGAUCCAAAGAUUUUCAGUUCGAAAGCAGACCUUCAGCUACAUACCCAAAUUCAUAUGCGCGAAGCCAAGCCCUACAAGUGUACGCAGUGUUCCAAGGCUUUCGCCAACUCUUCCUACCUGUCGCAGCACACUCGCAUCCAUCUCGGCAUCAAGCCGUAUCGCUGCGAGAUUUGCCAACGCAAAUUUACCCAACUGUCACAUCUGCAACAACACAUCCGCACCCACACUGGUGACAAGCCCUACAAAUGCCGACAUCCCGGCUGUCAGAAAGCGUUCUCACAACUCUCCAAUCUGCAAUCGCAUUCGCGCUGCCACCAAACGGAUAAGCCGUUCAAAUGUAAUUCCUGCUAUAAAUGUUUUUCGGAUGAACCAUCGCUGCUCGAUCACAUUCCGAAGCACAAGGAGUCUAAGCACCUGAAGACACACAUCUGCCAAUAUUGCGGCAAAUCCUACACACAAGAGACAUAUCUCACCAAGCAUAUGCAGAAGCAUGCGGAGCGCACCGACAAGCGGCCGCCAAUAGCGACACUUAAUGCGAGUGGUAAUGCCGUCGGGCCGGGUACGGCUAUAGGCGGCAGUGCCAAUAGCUUAAACAAUAGCGCGUCGGGUGGCAACGCCAAUGGCGGCAAUUUAGCGGGUAGUGGUGUUGUUGGUGCGGCGGGUGGUGGUUUAGGUGGUACAAGCACGAGCGCAAGUGGCUUGUCGAAUGCGAAUCCGCAUAAUCGUCAAACUCUAGGCUUGCCGCCGGUGUCAAUAGCGCCCACCGAGCAUUCCUAUUGGCCCAAGGUUAGUCCGGACUCGGCGGCCAAUAUGACGGACGUCAUGCAUCAGCAGCAACAGCAACAUCAGCAGCAACAACAACAACAUCAGCAACAACACCAUCACCAACAGCAACAGCAACACGGCGGACAGCAGCACCAUCACCAGCAGCAACAACAGCAGCCGCAGCAGCAACCACCGCAACAACAACAGCAUAUGGACUUUCCGCCGGUAAAUACGGGUGGAGGUAGUGCGAGUGGUGGUGGAGGCGGUGCUUCAGGGGGACCUCCAAACGGACAUGGUGAAUUGCAGGCGCAUCACCGCAUGAGUGACAAUGGCCGUGAGGAUAUCGUAUCCACACCUUCCACGGUCGGUCCUUACGAUGCGGCCAGUAUUACGAAGACCACCAGCAAUUCAGCAUUCACACCCAUCAAUUCAAUGCCGCCGCACUUGAACACACUCAGUCACCAUCCCAUGGCACAGCGGCCCUAUCUCUAUGAUGCUAUAAGUUUCCAGAAUAAAAAUGUCAAUCAAAACAAUUCGAACUCAUUUCCAAAUCAACUGAUAUCGCUGCAUCAAAUAAGAAACUAUGCGCACCAACCGGCAGGUUUAAUGGCCGGCGAACAUUUACUGGGCGUUAGUGUGGGGCCCGGUAAGGACAAGGGAUAGCUGUACUUUUAAGUGCGAAAGCACUGCAGAUAGAAGGAGGAUUGCCUAAUAGAUGAGCUCAGAGGAUGUGUGAACUAAGAAUGGCAAAUUUCCGAAGGGUAAUAAAAAGAAAGAUGUCAUACUUUAUAAGGAAUGCAGUGAGUGAAUUAAAUGAUGAGGUAGUGAGUAAGAAAAGGCAGUAUGGUGUGCCCAGUAUGCAAGGUGGUCCAAAUAUAGGUUUUUUUUUUAAUCAGCUUGAAAUGAAAUGCUCGGAAUCUUAUCAUUAACAGUUAACACAGCUCCGCAAAAUGAAAGGACUCAUUUUAGGCUUAAAAAGCGUUGAGAAAUAUUUCAAACUUAUUUCUAAUGGUAGUGUUGGGCUGCUCAAAUAUGUGUUUAUUGAGGCAAAUUUCGAAAAGUGGACUCCCACUGAAUGGAUCGAGAGCACAGACAUAAGUUUGAACGAUCUCCGGUUAUGAUUCAUAUAUUUUAAUGGUAAUGUGAAGAGUUUCCAAUGAAGCAAAAAUUAACAGAAAGAAAAGAUAAGUGCCAAUUUUUUCACUUUUAAAAAGAUACUUUUGUUUAGAACACCCUGUAUGCAUGCGCGCAGAAAAGAAUAUGAAAGAGUUAGUCGCACUGCCGAGCGGGGGCGGCAAUUCUUCAUCAAUUUCAAUACGUCCUCCGUGUGCGCCACAUGUGUAAAAUAUGACAAGGAUACGUUUUUUCUUCUAAGUAGUUAAGUUAUUAUUUUGUUUGUAUGCAGUUAUGUGAAAGUUUAUUGUACACCUAUUAAGAUUAUUUAGUUAAGGUAUGAAAUAAGUUCGAACAAUUCACUUACCGUCCAUUCACUUUGAAGUUUUAUCGGAUAAUACGUCAAUCUCUACAAUGCCUUUGGUCUCGAAUUUCUUGCGCAUCGUAAAUCAUUAUUUCUAGAGCAUCCAAAUCGAUCAUCCGGUGCUCUUUUUUCUUGUACAAGUCGCCACAGGAAUUCUUUGUGCAUCAGCUGAGUUUUUGUUUUUAAGGUUUCCAGAAAUCUACCCUUUUAACCCAGUGCAUUAGGCUACAUAUUUCUACGCCUUCUGUUUCGAUACAUCAUUUUGCAGACUUUUCCAAGUUGUCAUAUGAGUUUACAAUACCCUUCUUAGGAGAACUUACACGAAAAAUAUUGGUCGGGCGAAAUUUGUUGUAACAUCAAAUUUUCAUCAUCUCUCAAACCAUUUUUUUCUUUAUGAAGCGUACUAUGUUUAACAAAAAGCUCAUUAAUUCUCUUUGUUGUAAACAAAAUGACGCAAGUAGAUUUGAGAUCUUUUCUAAGGCAACGGACAUCAAUUUUUGGUGCGGUAUCUACUGCUUUCUGCCAAUUAUAUCCUUAAUUUGUUUUUUCGUUUUUCGCAAUUGCCCAAUAUUUCCCAAUGGGUCGCAAUCGUGGACAGUUUGGUGGGUUGUGGUCAUGUUUUUGCAAGCGGUCAUUCAAAUAAAAUUUUUGAUUUUUAGAGACCGUGGUAAUGAACGUUUUGCAAUUCAUACUACACUAGCAGAUGGUUUGCCAAACCAAAUAUUUUUUAGGGAACUUGCCCAAAAAGUUUACUUUUCCUCCAUUUUUACUAAAUUUUUUUCGUACUCACAUUUCUAGUGACUUGCUUAGGGAGCCGAUUUGUCAAGAGUGCACGAGAAAGCUGCUUACUGAGCAAACCUGUUAAUAUGGAGUUCAUGAUGCAACUCUAGCAAAUUGAAAGUAACUUUUUAUAUUUUUUUUUUUUUGGCUUUGGGUCAAAUAAAGUAAGACUUUUAGAAGUAAUCCGCCAGAAAGUUGGAAAACGCUUUCUCAAACUAUUCGUACUUUCUGUUUCUUCGCGAGGGAAAGCAAACAUUUUUGCUAGAAAAGUUAAAUCGAAAAGCCCUUUUUUGUCUGACAGCAGCCUGAGGCACAAACAGAGAAACGGGAAUGAGAUUCGUUCGCGGUUACAAAACUCUCAUCAAGGCGAAUUUGAAUUGUUGAGAUCGACGUGGGAACGUGGGGUAUUUGAUGGUGGGCAAACCAAGUUCACGAACAGUUCACUGGUCACUGGUGAUUACUACAGAAGGUCGAGCAACUAACUAGAAAUUGAUUUACCAGUCAAUGAAUCAACCAAUGAGCAAAUUAGCUACAAGUAUAUAGACUAUUCAAUUAUGAGUAAAAAUAUAAAAAUAGCUGAGCGUAAAAUCAACAGACUUUUAAAUAGUGAAUUCAUGAAUUUAAUUAAAGUAAUGGGGAGAAGUUGAAGAGCAGUAAGUGUUGCAAAACAAAUACAUAUUUAUAUAAAAAUAUACAUACAUACAUGUACUUGUAUAUACCUAUAAAUAAUAGUAAUUGUAAUUUUAAUUGUUUAAUGACUCAAAACUAAUUUAAGUGCAUUUAAGUCCAUAGCAAACGAAACGAAAGGUUAAAAUAUAAACAAAUUCAAAUGUUUGACUGUAAUUUUACAUACAUUUAUUUAUAAUACUUACAUAAGUCUAACUGUGUACUAUUAAACAUGCGUACAUAAACUAGCACAAAUAAAACACCAUCACAUUAAGAAAGAAAAUAUACAACAAAUAUUUAUGCAGGAAACGGGCAUGAAAAUACAACUAACUAUUAUUAAUUAAUAACAAUUUAUGUAAAAAGAAAAACAAAAAGUAUGAGUAAAAAAUAUGCAUUGCGCAUAAAAAUAUGCAAAACAGAAUAUAUAUGAAAAAAAAAUUAUUAAAAUUAAAACAGCAUUAACUAAUAAUUAAAAAGGAUUUGUAAACCUAUAAAAAAUUAAAAAAAUAUAUAUAUAUAUUAAUGCUAAAUGAUUAUAAAUCAUCAAAAAGUUCAGUUAAUUUCCUUGCAUUACUUCGCCAGUGAAAUUAAUAAUAUUCUCUACGCGCGCAGUUGAAUCACUGCUUAUUGCCCGACUCCACGAUUUGCAAAACUUUGUUCUAAUUUUCAAUGAUUGACCUACUAAAUUUUUUUGGCAGCAUGCGCUGUCUUUUUUUGGUCGUAGUGGUACUGAGAAAAUCAUAGAAUUUUCGCUUUUCUCCUUACUUUUAUUCUAGAACGUUGUAGCCCCCAACUGGCUGCAUUGAAUACAAGGUAUUCUAAAAGUGACGCCUAGAUGACAGUAGUGAAUAAUUCCUGGACGGUAAUGACGGUUUUUAAUGUCAUCUUAGACAUUUGUGAAGCAAACAGAUGUAGAAUGUCGCAGGAUAAAACAAAGCUAAUUUUCUGUGAAUUGUGUGGACAAAACAGGUGCAAACUUAUAAUAAAGAACUAAGAAGAAGGAGAGCAACGCUAUAAAAUCACGUAAACGUAUGCAAAUUAUCUCUAAGAACAACACAUCGCAAAAUUAAUGAUUUUUUGAGUCCACAAUUGAAAGGUUGGUGGAAAAAUUUCUAAAAAUUGGUUCUAUCGAGUAUAGAAAAAGGACUGAAAGCCUUAAAACUGGACGUUCUGUUGAGAAAAUUGUUGCUGUAGCGCAAAGUGUUGCUGAAAAAAUUCAGGGUCUUACAGUUUUAAGCCGACCCCGAACGGCAAAUGGUUUUUAUGAUGAGCCUUUCCAUGGCAGAAAUACCAUCAUUAGAAGAAACUUUCUCUUCAUUUUGCUGUUUCACGGACGAGCAUUCGAACCUAUGCACUACCAAAUGGUAAUCACGCUACGGCGGUCGCCACCCAAAAGAUUAUGACACCCAAAAUAAGCCAUAAGACAAAUGUAUUUUCAUGUAGACAUAAUAUUUUGUGUUUUGUGUCUUUGAAUAAAACUGAGUUAAAAAAAACCGUACAGUUUAUCUGUCACAUAAAUAUGUCACUUAAGACACUUGAACGAACCUCGUUUGGUCAAGAAAAAAUUUUUGUUUUUUAACAAUGGAUCAGAAAAUAAAAUACAGGAAACAAAAGUAAAAAAUCUUUUUUGGUUUCUGUUUUACACGCUUUUAAAGAAACACCCACCAUUUCAUGAGGAGGGGCCUUAAUAAUGAUUUUGAGUUUCUAAAAUACCCAUUAACAAGGGAUUUCAGCAGUCCAUCAUCUAGUAACCAACAUUACUAGACAAAAACAUAUAAAUUUGUAGUUGGAUCAUGGACUGCUGAAAUCCCCUUGGUAGCGAACGUGUUAAUGUUGUAUUCCCACGGCUCAUUCGUAAUUCACUUUAGUAGCCUCCGCUCUUGUUCUUGUGCUUUGCUACAAGUAUUAUUAUUGCUUUACAACUUCGUUGAUGGUAAAAACUAAAUUUUAAGCUAAAGUUUUACUUAAUUUCUUUCUUCCAUUUGCCAACAAUAAGAAAAAGUGCCAAAAAAUGCCAGCAGGCCGGCUAAAUGGCGUUCUUAGAAAUAUUAGGCGAGCAGAUAAAUGAGUUGCGUGGCUGCCAGGAAAACUGCCAUAUGCUAUUAGAAAUAUUAGAGGAGUUACAGAAACUAGAAUACAAUUUGGUCUUCUCUACAAUUCUUGCGGUGUUCAGCAGCCUCCGCGACAUACUUUUCAAUAUCUCUUUCAGAACAUUUUUUUUUGAUUUUCUCUUCCAUUAUUAAAACUUUACUUUUUCCUGUUAUUACUCAACGUUUGUUGAUUUUGUUUUGAUUUACGCUUGCCUUUUGUUAAUUUCAAUGAAUUUUCUUUAAAAAUUGGAAAAGACAAUGCUUUGUCCGUAAUUCGCAAAUUGAAAAUGAUUUACUUACAAAUCAGGUAAUUCGCCGUUACAAUUUUGCAAGGCAAAUUACAUAGUUAGGUGGGUAAAUAGAAAAUGAAUUACGCAUGAUAGAGCGAAUUAUGAAUAAGAGAGCGAAUUAAGGAUAACAGGAUAUCAUACUAAUAUCAUGCGUUUAAAAAAUAAAUUUUUUUUUAAUUUAGUGUUUCGAAACUUAAGUUAAUGAAAUAAUUUUGCAAGGCUAUCCAAAUUCAAUGAAAAGCAAUGGUUUUGGUUAAAAAAAGUCCAAAUAACUGUAUUUCUUGGCAAACUGUAUAUCUAAAAUAACAACUUCACUCUCAGGUAUAUCCAAAGUCACUUAAAAACAUACGUCGCUCCAUUAUUUUCCCUAUCAGACGGAUCCCUGCAACUGCGACAAAAGUUCCCUUGAUACACAAAUAUUUUAUUGUCUCUUAGCAUAAUAAAUGUAUCGAUACUAAUAUUAUAUGAUUUAUCAUAAGUAGGUAGGGUGAGAUCGUGGAAGUAUCAGUCCGACACUGCCCAAGUAGCGGUAAAGCAAUACCAUUUUGAUACCAUUUUAAGACCUCCAACGGGCAGAUAUCUACAGGUAUAGCCAGCCAAAGCUGUUGAUAUAGUGGAGAAGAUUGAUAAGAUUUAGGUUGACACACUGCCCUAGGCUGUCGAAGAAAGGAGCAUCCAGUAACCUUAAUCGUCUAGCUACCAAAUCCGGACAUUUACAGUGAAAGUGCGCAACAGUCUUCGAAAGGACCCCACAGCUUCUGGAGUGAGAGUUAAAACCAUUUACCAAAACCUAGCUUUUCCGCGUCUGUGCCGAUCGUCCAAUGACCGGAAAACACCGCUACGACACAAAUUUAAUGACGUAGAGUGCCCACGAUUUUCUGCGCCCUGCGUCCAUCGUACUGGGGCCGAAGGGACACACGAAGAGCUGAAGCUCCAUCUGUUUUUCACAUCUCUGAGGAUGCAAUUCCCUUUAAAAACAGUCAGGGUGAUGCCGAUGACUGGGUAGGAGGCGAAACUUUAAAGUUCUUCAAGAAAUUAUUUUAAUUGGAAAAUCAAAAAGUGUACAUGCAGCAUUACUAUAUGAAAUCUAAAAUGCAAGUGCUUAAUUCAAAAGCAAAAAAUUUAAUUAAUUAAAACAAGAAAAAAUUUAAAAUUAAAUAAAAAAAGGAAAAAAAAUUUAAUAUUGCACGAUUUCUAUUUCACAUAAGUACUGAAGGUGUAUAAUUAUGUAUGUAUGUAUUUACUUGUAUAUUUGAAGACACGAAUGAAAAAGCUACGGAAAACAUUAUUAGUUAAUAAUAAAUAAUGAACAAAUAUGAG